ACGUCAAGUUGAUCGGAAACGUGGAGAGGCAGCUAAAGUUGUUUUUUUUUUUUGUUGGUAAUUCUUCGAUUCGCUUCGUGCUAGAUUCCCAAUAUGGCAUGUUUGAGAGUGAAAUUAUUUUGACUAAUUAUUUUGGCUAGUGUGCUGAAGCAAGUCGAGCUUGUUCCAACUCGAGCUGCUGUCAACUCGUGCACAGCCCCAAACUACAGCGUUCACGGAUUGACUGCGUUACCUCAGGGACACUGGCAAAUAAAACCGUGUUGGAGUGUUAUUCUGCAGCAUGUCGGCUGAAGUGGCGAGUGAGUGUCGGUUAGGAGAGGGCGACCAAAACACCGUGGGGAAGUCUGAUACACCGAGGAGUCCGGACGAGGGACAGCAGCAGCAGCAGCAGGAGGAGCAGGAGCAGGAGCAGCGAGCUCCCAAAGUCGAGGCGAAACAUCCCAAAGUCGAGUCCAAACCCCCGAAACAGGGGGCGAUGGACGCUAAACCGGGCGGAUUGAUCAAAAACAACACGAACCAUAAGGAAAACGACCAAAGUGUGGAAAGCAACAAUGCAGAAAUUGGCAAGAAGAAAGUGACCGAGGCUCCGCCGCCGAAAGUAAACCCUUGGACGAAGAACAACACGCCGUGUCCUCCCAACAACUCGACAAACAACACUCAAGAAACGGAAUCCCAGAACUCUGCUAAAGUGGUACGUGCCAACAAGCCCAGAUCCAGGAAGUCUAGUAAGUCGAGUGACUUCAGUGACAUCACUAACUGGCCUACUCCUGGAGAAAUAGCCAAUAAGGAGCAGCAGCAGAACGCACUGAAUGCACAGGGUCAGAAAGUCCCAGCCGGGCGACGAGAGAGAAGGAGGGAGCGUGGAGGAGAGAAGAGAGAGAAGGAGAGCGGUAGUGAUGGGAGCGACAGUAAAGAGAACAGGGAGGCACAGCAGGAGACGCAUCUAACCGCCGAGCUGGAGAAAGAGACCGGGAAAGACACUCAGAGCAGCGUCCCCCGCAGGAGAGGUUUCAGGAGGGAUUUCAAUGAAGAGACAUCAAGCGUUCGCAGCGAGGGUAGCAGCGUCCGUGGUGGCCUCCGGGGACGGGGCAAAAGUCGUGGCAGGGGUAGAGGUCGCGGACGAGGGCGUUUUGACUACUCCCACAGUUAUCGGGAAUCCUACGCCGAUGGUUCCGCCAUGGCUGCAGAGUUCGGGACCAACAUGAUGUAUUUCUAUGACGACGGGAACCGAGUACAGAUGUACACCAUCGAGGAGAGUCUGCUCAAGGAGUAUAUUAAGCGCCAGAUCGAGUACUACUUCAGCCUGCACAACCUGGAACGGGAUUUCUUCCUGAGGAGAAAGAUGGACGCUAAGGGCUUCCUGCCCAUCUCUCUCAUCGCCGGUUUCCGCCGCAUCCAAGCUCUCACCACCGACGUCAGUCUCAUCAUCGAGGCAAUGAAAAGCAGUGACGUAGUGGAGCUUGUCGAUGAACGGAUUCGGAGAAAGGACGAUCCGGAGCGCUGGCCGAUCCCCGGGCCGCCUGCCAACUCCUCACACACAGACUUCAGCCAGCUCAUUCAUUGUCCUGAGUUUGUCCCGGGACAGACCUUCACCUCACUCACUGCAGUUUCAACUUCCCCGGUCAAUCAGACCACAGUCGAACCUCCUCCCGCCACAAACGGCCAAUUAAACGACAGCUCUGAUACUGACACCAAACCGCAGUCUGACGAGUCGUCCGCGGUCGAGUCGAAAAGUGUGUCCAGCUCGGAUGAGAGGACCACCGAGGGGCUGUCCAGCAGUGUGCCUGAUCCGGAGAACCAGUGGGUUCAGGUGGAGAAGCGGCAUAGAAACACCUCCGGGAAAAACAAGCCAUCUGAAACCCUUCCUCACCAUCCUCCUCCUUCCUCUAAGUCUGAGCCUUCUGUCUUAACAGAACGCUCAACACCGGCCCAGACAAAUCAACAACCCGAGGCUGACCAGGAGGAACUCGACUUCCUGUUUGACGAAGAGAUCGAACAGCUUGCGGCACCUCGCAAGAACACCUUUACCGAUUGGUCAGACGACGAUUCGGACGGCGAGCUGGAUGACAGCGAUGUGAACAAGAUCCUGAUCGUCACGCAGACGCCACCGCACCUGCGCAAGCACCCGGGCGGCGACCGCACAGGCAACCACAUCUCCCGUGCCAAAAUCACCGCCGAGCUCGCUAAAGCCAUCAACGACGGUCUCUACUACUAUGAGCAGGACCUGUGGACGGGGGACGAGAAUCAGCUGGAUGGUACCAACAUUAAGGAGGUGGAGAACUUUAAGAAGCUCAACAUGAUCAGCCAAGAUGAGUUUGAGACUUUGACCCCGAAAUUACCCAUUGACCCCAACCAGGAAGUGCCACCCCCUCCCCCUUGCCAAGAUGAGCCUAGCUUGGCACACUCUCUGCCCACUAACGUCCCAGAAUCCCCUAGUGCUCCCCGGACCCCUCGUACCCCACGCACACCUGGUCGGCAAGACCCGAACAAAACACCACGCUUCUAUCCCGUUAUGAAGGACAGCGGAAGCAUUGACGGACAGACUCCCAGGAAGAGGAAAACACGCCACAGCUCCAACCCUCCACUGGAAAGUCAUGUAGGCUGGGUGAUGGACUCUCGUGAACACAGGCCACGCACUAGCUCCAUCAGUAGUUCAAAUGCUUCUCCAUCGGAGGGCGCUCCCCUGCAGUCAGCCAGUUAUGGCUGCACCCCUCAGUCUCUGCCUAAGUUCUGGCACCCGUCCCACGAGCUGCUCCAAGAGAACGGCUUCACCCAGCAGGUUUAUCACAAGUACCGCCGAAGGUGUCUCAAUGAGAGGAAACGGUUGGGAGUGGGUCAGUCGCAGGAGAUGAACACACUCUUCAGGUUCUGGUCCUUCUUCCUCAGAGACAAUUUCAACAGGAAAAUGUAUGAAGAGUUCAAGCAGUAUGCAUUGGAGGAUGCCAAAGAAAACUACAGGUAUGGACUGGAAUGCCUCUUCCGCUUUUACAGUUACGGUUUGGAGAAGAGGUUCAGACCUGACAUCUUCAAGGACUUUCAGGAGGAAACUUUGCACGACUACGAGAAAGGUCAGCUGUAUGGUCUGGAAAAGUUCUGGGCUUUCCUGAAGUACUCAAGGAUUAAAGGCCAAGUUAUUGACCCCAAGCUGCAGGAGCACCUCCGCAAAUUCAGGAGCAUAGAUGACUUCAGAGUGGAGCCACCAAUGGGCGAGGAGCAGGGGGGCAGGAGACGGAGACACUCGUCCUCUGGAGGGGACGAAGGCAGACGCAAACGAUACAACUCCACCUCGUCUUCAUCAUCAAAACAAGCCCCACCCACCAAGGCUUCCAAAGAGCCUGCUGCUGAAGGGGAAGCCAAGACAGAUUCAAUCAAUCGGUCAGCUUCUCCAGCAAACACUAAACCCGUUUCGGCUGGUCAUGGGCCAGCAAAUGGCAAAACGACCUCAACUAAUCAAGGGGCUGUUGCGGGGCUGGCCAAAUCGGCUGCAGCCAAUCAGAAAGCGACUGCCAAGAGCACCACAGUCAAUGAAGCGACCUCAGCCACGAAGAACGUGAAGAAGAAUCCACAAUCUGAAAUGGCUAGCAAAACCAAAGAUGCACAUCCGCCAAACUAAAUGAAUCUUGAGAGAUUGAUAUUUUUCCAUCUUACAUGAAAAGGGCUAUUUUAAGGCCUUGACCGUAAAUUUCUUCUACGAGUAAAUGAGCCAAACCGUUACAAGUGAAGCUUGAGUGUUAAACCAUCAGGGCUUAACUGAUUUCACUACGUUAAGUAUCAAUCCGAAUAUCGUAUUCGUCUAUUUAGCAGAAGUAGCUUUUUUUGGCUCAUGGUUGGUUUGAACAGUUAUUCAGUUUUAAAUAGGCACAAUUGGUGGACUGAAAAUCAUUAGAGUCAAAAACCAUUCUGCUGUCAAGUUUACGAACGCUGCAUCGAGUGUAGUUUGUGGACAAUGUAUUUCUGUGUUGAAUGUAAAUUUCUGUUUUAUCUUCUGGGGUGCCUUACAUUUCAAAGUUUUUACCCUAAUUAUAUCAGGAAAUAUAUUACCGACAUUAUUUUAUUUCAGUGGUGUCAUAACUUUCGUGUGCGCCUGAUCAUAAUGACGUGAUCACAGAUCCGAUCUAUGACGAAGAAAAUAUGCGGAAGCGUACUUGUUUUAUUUGAGGAAAAAGAAACAAACGUAAGUAGAUUACACAGAUUAUAUAACAUUGUAAUACUCCUUUACAUUUGAGAUGGCAAUAACAUGACGACAAAAAUGACACUAGUUGUAGUUUAUUGGUGCAUAGUGUUUGGGAUUGACUGUGAAAUGAGUGUUAUGGGGGAAAAUAAAACAUCAGUAUCCUGCACAAAGGCCAAGCUAGUGCGCGAUUUGUUAUAAUAAAUAAACGUUUUGGAUACAAGAACGUAGGAUCCUUUAAUCUUCUGUUUUAACAGAUAUAACAAACUUUGAUUUAUUUUUUUUGGCUUAAAUUAGAAUUAUGUCUCUGUACUUGAAGUUUUAUUUUCUAAGUAUUUUUAUUGCUUUAAAAAAAGAAAGGAGUUUUAUAUUCCAGGAAAAAAAAUGUUUUACAUUCUAUUGGAGAAGGGAUUUUUUUUUCUCUCAAUUUUGAGUGAUUUUAUUUGAUUUUAAUCAUAUUUUUAUUGCUUAUUUGGAUAAUGCAGCUAUAUUAAUAGAAAUAUAAACUGUACAUAAAAAUGAUGAGGAAUUGCUUAUGAGUUGGUUGAUUUUAAUUUUUAUUGAGCUGUAUUAUUGUAGUAUUGUUUUGCGUGCGCUGGUGUGUUCGUAUGCAUGUCAGGUUCCUAUUUUUUUCCUCUUUUUUUUGCCUACAAAUUGUACCAUGUAAAAAAAAUGCAUAUAUUAAAAAAAAUAUUAAAAUCUGUUUAUAAAAACC